AUGAGCAGAUCCCGCUUUGUGCUGGAGACGGAUGAUGGCCUUGCGGAGGAUCCGAACGCAGCCACGAAGGGGACAGCUGGGGCGGAGCAUGGCCUGCCCCCCUUGGAGACCCCUUUCCAGAAGGAAGCCCCUCCCUCCCCCCAGAUCCGGGUGAAUCUGAAUUACUGGCCAGGACUCGUCCCACCGGAUGAUCCAAAUUGCUUCGACAACAAGCGCAUUUUCCAAGCCGUAGUUGCGGGAGACCCGGAACAGCUGAAUGGCCUGACCGAUUAUCUGCGGAGAAUGUCCACCUUUCUCACCGACACUCAAUUUAGAGAUGGGAAGAAGGGGAAGACCUGUUUGAUGAAGGCCUUGCUCCAUUUGAAAGAUGGACAGAACCCCACUAUCCCUUUGCUCCUGGAGAUAGACAAGGAGACAGAGAACCCCAGGUCUUUGGUCAACACCGCUUGCACUGACAGCUACUACGAGGGCCAAACAGCGCUCCACAUCGCCAUUGAGAAGAGGAACCUUGCUCUUGUGAAGCUCCUGGUGGAGAACGGGGCUCGUGUCCAUGCCGCGGCUUCUGGUCUUUUGUUCCAGAAGGACCACAAAAAGGCUCGCUUUUAUUUCGGUGAACUUCCUCUCUCCUUGGCUGCUUGUACCAACCAGCCAGAAGUGGUCAUGUACCUUCUGAAUAACCCUCACCAGAAGGCCAGGCUGACCGAGCAGGAUUCCAUGGGCAACACCGUCCUCCAUGCGCUGGUGAUGGUGGCCAAUGACACGGAGAAGAACACUGAGCUCGUGGUCAACAUGUACGAUAUGAUCCUGAUGAAAGGCGCCGAGAUUGACCCUUCCCGCAAAUUGGAAGAGAUUAAAAACAAGGAACAGCUGACUCCUUUAACGCUGGCCGUCAAGACCGGGAAAGUCGAGAUCCUUAAGCACAUAUUCCAGCGAGAAAUGAAGGACCCCAAGUUCCAGCAUCUUUCACGCAAGUUCACCGAGUGGCGCUAUGGUCCCAUCCAAAUGUCCCUCUACGAUUUGACCUCCAUCGACAGCGAAGAUGAGAACUCAGUGCUGGAGAUCCUGGCCUACAACAGCAACAUUCCAAAUCGGCACAAAAUGGUGGCCCUGGAACCCCUGAACAUGCUGUUUCGUUACAAGUGGGAAUCCUUCGUUAGAAAAAGGUUUUUCUUCAGCUUAUUCCUCUAUGGGACUUUCAUGACGAUCUUCACAGUCACUGCUUAUCACCACCCGCCAAAGCAUGAGGUCGAAGUAAACAUGCUGCUGGGGAACUGGUCGGACAGCAUCCCCUUUCAAAGGGAUCUGUCAGACCUCCCAGCCAAUCAGAUUAUUCCCUCUGCUCCCGCUGGAACAGAGGACCUUGGUGGAAACCUCUUGCUGCCUGACAGCACGGGGGAGUAUCUAACACACCAAGGGUCUUCACUUCUGGAGGAGACCAUUGUCUCUGAAAGGUUUACUAAAGGACAGCUGGUUCAGCAUAUUCCUAUCAUCUUGGAGGAUCUAUUGCAUUUCCUGUUGAUUUAUAUGGUCCUCCUAGUGGGUUUUUACAACAGGUUCACCAUCGGCAUGGGCGACCUGGAGUACAAGGAGAACUUGAAGCACAGCUAUGUCGCGUGCUGUUGGUCCUCCUCUUUGUCGUCUUGA